AUGCCUAUCACCAUCACCAUGGAGCUCCCUGACACUCCUUACCUCAUUGCUGCUGCCUCCAUUGGUGCAUUUGUUGGCCUGGCCUUCUGGGUUUUUGAUGCCAGUCAUGGAGGAGUUUGCAGCAGCAUCAUAGCUGCUGCAAGCUAUAUUUGGGAGGCAAUUAAAGUUGUUUGGGUGUGGACCUCUAUGCAGGCCAUCACCCAAUUUGUGAAAGAUCUUGCUGCCCUUCUCCUUGCUCUCAAACCUGCCCUUGAUGCUCUUGCAAACAUUCUGGAAGAAAUGUGUGUGGUGGAGGAGAGGGGGAGGGCUUUGAGAGUAGGGGGAGUGGGAGUUGGAGUGUGA